AUGGCUGAUCAAGAAGUUUUAGUUUUAAGAGGUACCUUAGAAGGUCACAACGGAUGGGUUACUUCGUUAGCCACUUCCGCUGCUGAUCCAGAUUUAUUAUUAUCUGGUUCCAGAGAUAAGACUUUAAUCACCUGGAAAUUAACCGGUGAUGACAGCCAAUACGGUGUCCCAAAGAAGUCUUUCAGAGGUCACUCUCACAUUGUCCAAGAUGUCACUAUCUCUGCUGACGGUGCUUACGCAUUAUCUGCUUCUUGGGAUAGAACCUUGAGAUUAUGGGACUUAGAAUCCGGUGAAUGUACCCAAAGAUUCGUUGGUCACAACGGUGAUGUCUUAUCUUGUUCUAUUGCCAAGAACUUGAGACAAAUCGUUUCUGCUUCCCGUGAUAAGACCGUCAAGGUCUGGAACACCAUUGGUGAAUGUAUGCAAACUUUAUCCGGUCACAACGAUUGGGUUUCUGCUGUUAGAUUCUCCCCAUCCGAAGACUCUUCCACUGUCAUCUCUGCUUCAUGGGAUAAGACUGUUAAGGUAUGUGCAAUUUCUUUUUAAUUUUUCAAAUGUUUUUGUGGGCCGACAUAGUUCGUGGGAUCUCUUCUCUAUUGGUUAUGGCUAGAUGAUGUAUUUCAUAUUUGCUACUUCAGACGGGGCUCGCCAGCUUCGAAUGAGACAUAUUUUAUCACCAAGAUCUCUGAUACUCCAUAACCUCACUUUUUUGAUCUUACCCACAGAAUUAUGUUCCUCGACAUUUUCUACCCGUUUCGGAAUACUAACAUAAACUAGUCAUGGGACUUAAACGAAUACAAUGUUAACGCUGACUUCAUUGGUCACACCGGUUACAUUUCUUGUAUCACUAUCUCCCCAGAUGGAUCAUUAUGUGCUUCUGCUGGUAAGGACGGUGUUAUCAUCUUAUGGGACUUGAACUCAAACAAGACCUUAUACACCUUGAACGCUGCUUCUGAAGUUCACGCUUUAGCUUUCUCUCCAAACAGAUACUGGUUAGCUGCUGCCACCGCUUCUGGUAUUAAGAUCUUCAACUUACAAGAAAGAACCUUGUUAGAUGAAUUGAAGCCAGAAUUCGCUAUUGGUGCUAAGGCUAAGGACCCAGAAGCUGUCUCUUUAGCUUGGUCUGCUGAUGGUCAAAACUUAUUUGCUGGUUACACUGAUAACGUUAUCAGAGUCUGGCAAGUUAUGACCUCUUCUGCUUAA